GUUUUAGAUGGCGAGUUUCCCCCAGAAAUGCUAUCAAAGUUUACUGAGCUUUUAGGAGAGGCAUUUUCAACUCCUAACUCAUGGGAAGAUUUCGAAACGGAAUCUUUAAUCCCUACCAAAUGUCAAGAAGAUUCUGUGGAUAGUCCUGAAUUGGGUACAUCUGCACUUAAAGAACGGAUGGCCAGACUACAGCAGCACUUCGCCAAUUGUCACGUGCCUGUGGCAAUUAUCGAUGCAGCUCCAAAUGAUGGCCAUGUACAAGUAGCUCCUGCUCUUUCAGUUGCGAAUGGACUGGCUGUCAUUCGACCUCCAUAUGGGUUCAACAAUGUGACGUCAUCAAAUUCUAUUGUUUUGGACAAAAUAAAGCAUCUUUUACUUACUGUUUAG